AUGGGUUAUAAUAGUACUUGUAAAUUUAUAAAUUUGGGUUUAAGGACAAGAAUUUUUCGUAAAUUUAGAGGACAACCAAAUAAAUCUUAUGAUUGGAUUAGAAAUAAUGUGGAUAAACUUAUAAGAAAUGGUAGAAUUGAAUUAACAUUACCAAGAGCUAAAGAAUUACAACAAUAUAUUGAAGAAAUUAUUUUCCAUGCUAAACAAGAUAAGAUGGAAUCGGAUAUAUUAGUUGAGAGUAUAAUAAGAACAUCAGAAUGCAGAAGUUUAUUAUAUGAGAAAUAUGUUCCACUUUAUAAAGAUCGAAAUUAUUUUUUUACUCGUAUUAUUAAUCAAUUUAAAUUCAGAUUACGUGAUUCUGCACCAUUAGCUUAUUUAGAACUUAUUAAUAGGUCCGUUACGGUGCUUGCUCCAACAGCUCCCAAUACCACCAUACCCCGAAGGGGCUCCCUAAUUAUACCAAUACUAGUUAUUUAG